UCUGUUUUUCGUCGGUAGCCGCGGACGCUCGUGGUCGACGUUAUCGCGCGAAUUCGCGUGCAGUUUUCAUCCGAUUUUCCAGUCUCGCCACGGGAAAUAAGAUCGCGAAGGAUCACGCAUCGUCGCGCGCAAUGACGGAGCUAAAUACUCGACGUGUGUUAAACAAGGCGUGAAGUUCGAAGAGACGAAUGUUUGUUAGACGCUUAUAGUGUGAUAUAACCACGAGUGAGCGGGAAUUUUCGGCCUGUGUCCUAAUCGUCAUAGCGAAACAUGUUCGGCCACGGCAAGUCGCGGCAUGGGGGUCAUGGCAAACCGAAGAAUACCAAGAAGCAUCACGUUCGAAACUGGAUGCACUCGCAGAAAAAGAAAAAGCAGGAGGCUAACCUCUUUGCCGUGAUGAUGUCCUCGAGCGACCCAUCAUCUCCGACGCAGGCAUCGAUAUCCACAACGAGUUUUGAUGUGCUAGACGACGCAAGAUUGGAGAAGAUUAAUGUAACUCCUGUAACGUCGCAACUGACGAAACCCGUGAUUUCACCGGCCGUGAAUACCGAUGCCGAUGCGAUAGAGGAAGCAGUGCCGAUCGUGCAGACGACAUUACCCGUGCCAGAAUCGGUACCAAAACUCGAGAAGAAUGGUAUCGAGGUGAAAACGAAGAAAUCCCCUGACGAGCCGAACGACGAAUGCCUCAUCAACUGCAUUUAUUUUACACAACAGUGCUGUGACUGCACGAUAUCUUAAGAUCAUUCCUUAGCUAGAUAAUGUCGAAGAAGAAGCAGCACCUCGCGACUGUUCCGAUCAAUUUUGGAUCUCGAGGCGUCCCUCUUCUACGUAAAAUUUAGGAUCUGACAUCAUAAUAAGUAUUGCGCGUCGUUAGGAUUUGUGAUAGACGAGAGAGUAUGUAAUAGAAAGAUUCUAUGGUGCGACGUGUAAAAAAAUUUUGUAAAUGUGUACGAAUGAAUGUGUGUUGCCCGUAAUUAUACAUAUAUAUAUAUAUACAUAAUUUUUGAUACAUCGCAUAUUUAAUCGAGCAUUAAAUACACGAUUAAAGGCGAUUGAUAAGAAGCACAAUGGGUAAUUAAUUAACUUAUAUUUUUAGAGUGUACGUCUCUAGCUGAGAAAGUUGUACUUGCAAUCUAUGCAAAUAUUCACUGCCAUUAAGUGGUAAAAAUCGUGUCGAAAGACAUCGUAAAAGUCAAUUGUUAGUCCGUAAGCAUUUCCUCGCAAUAUUUAUAGAGCAAGUUACUUGCUGUACCAUUACAUGUCUUCCUAACAAUUUGACAUUAACGUUAAUGUCAAUGAUGCACACUUGACAGUAUUAACCGUGACAAUCGUUUAAACAUUUAUAUCUGUUUAUAACUUUGUAAUUUAUUAUAAGAGAACGGAUUUGUUGUCACAUCGAAGAUAUAGAUACAUUUUCUAUUUGAAAAUGAGAGCAACAUAAAUAAUAUUAAACUUCCGACAUAAGGAUGUGUUUGUUAUUAACGAAGAAUAAUCCGAGAAGUUCUGUAUUUCUUUAAUGUGUUAGAGCAACUAGAAGUAGUAGCAUUUCUACAGCGCAACUAAUGAUUAAAUCGAAUUUUGUCUUACAAUCUAUUUAUUUAAUCUAAUUAUUUCUUUUACUCGAUAAUUAAAAACACAGCUUACAGAUUUAAAUAUUUUUUGUUCACUGUUUUCUGUAUUCUAUAUCAUAAUUCCGUCCGAAUUGCGGUUUAAUCAUUGCUGCGCUUUUCCAAUAGCAUAGAAAUCGCAUAGACAUUCCCAAUAUAUGAAUUGCAUAUAAAUAUUUAUAUAAAUAUAUAAGUAUUUAUAUUUUGAUAAUAAUCGGAGGCUGCAAGUAUAAUGUGUAAUUUAUUUAAAUUUAUUCAGAUGAGGACUAGAUUAGUUUUGUAAUAUUACAACGUACGAAUUCAAUGUGAAGGUGUAAUACUAAAUAAUAAUAUUCAUUUUU